GUGUGCGGGCGGCCAGGUGAUAUGUGUCAUGUCUACCGAUGUGGAAUACUCACGGCGCAGGAGAUAUACCCAUGACACGUUUGACUUUCCUCGAGAAUUUGACCACCGUGCUGAAGUACACCACAGACGGGGGUCCCUCUGUGAUAGACAUUGCAAUGUAAAUAUCCAGCAUGAUUUGGUGGAUAUGGAUACCCAUUCUGGUUCUCAUCAGCAUAGCCUGCUCACACCAAGACUGUUGCAUGGAGCCUCCACCCCAUCCUGUUGUCCUCAUCACUCAGAGGAGGUCCUGCCUUGUGACCUUUGUCUUGUUAAAACUACUCUAACUGCUGAGAAUGAAGUGGAAGCCCUUAAAUUGUCAAAUAACUAUAAGUUUGGUUUUAAAAAAUGGAAAAGCCAUGUAACUGAGCGUCCAUGGGAGGAUCGAUCUGAAAUUGUAAAAGAACUCUAUUCUGACCUGAAUGUGGUAAAAGCUGCAAUGGCCUCACAAUUCAGCAUUGGCAACAUCCUUUAUGUACUUCUUUUUGGAUGGUGGAUCACUUUGCUUUACAUCCUGGUAUCUGUCCUUAUGUUUCUCUCCAUACUAGGAGCUCCUUAUGGUGUCCUUUGUUGGAAGCUUGCAGGAUACUUUAUUUGGCCAUUUGGGAAAGUAAUCUUAAAGAGUGGUACUGCACAUAACAGAAAAUGCCUGGUGAGAUUCACAAAGUGUGAAGCAAUACCAGAGGUCGAUGAAGUGGAGAAAACCCCCCUCAUAAAUAACUGUGAGAAGGUACAUUCAGACUACCAGGGUCCGGAGGUCCACUACUGGUGGCGACUCAGCACUUAUGUAUGGCUCUUGGUAGGAUUUCCAUUGCUUGCAGUAGUCCAUGGGCUAGCAAGCUUAAUCUCUUGGCUUCUAGUCUUCUUCAUCCCCAUCUCCAAAAUGAAUGCCAGGAUCCUGUCUACCGUGCUGUUAAUGCCUCCAGAACAUGUGCACAUCCGAGGGACAAAAAAGGUAGAAGAGGCCUAUCAUGCAGAAAUCAUUCUAUGCUGCUAUUAUGCCGUUAAUGUAUAUUACUACAAGUAUGCUGUGGAUGGAUUAAAUGUGUUUUCAGUCAAUCUGAUUGUGUUGGUGAUUGUAUCACUGGUUCUUGGCUAUGUUGACAGCCACAACUAUUAUACCAGUUCACCUGUGAAAUUCACGCUCUCACUGCUCUCCUUAAUGCCGCUUUCCUACUAUAUUGGAAUGGCAAUUGCAAGUAUCUCUGCUCAGAGCAACUUUGCGGUGGGAGCUGUGGUGAAUGCUACAUUUGGCUCAAUCAUUGAACUGACUUUCUACAUCACUGCACUGAUUAAAGGGGCACGGGAAGAUAAUAAGUGCUAUGAAGAGGUGGUAAAGUCCGCUCUGACUGGCACGUUGCUGGGGUGUGUCCUCUUUGUUCCUGGCUUGUGUAUGAUCAUUGGUGGAAUAAAGCAUCAGGAGCAGAGGUUUAAUAGCAGGUCAGCUGGAGUUGGUUCUGCAUUGCUAUUCAUUUCUGUAGGAGGUGUAUUUGCGCCUACACUGUUCUCCAAAGUAUAUGGAAAGAUGAUCUGUGGAGACUGUAUGAACUUUGGACAAAAUGGAACAAACCAGUAUAUCUGUCAGAACUGCCACACAGAGUUGGUAAGACAAAACGGCACCAUGUUUUACAAUGAUAUAAGGCCCUUGGUGUACACCGUGUGUAUUCUGCUGCCUGCUGCUUAUGUCAUAGGACUUAUCUUCACACUCAAGACUCAUUCCCACAUUUACGAUAUUCACGUCAGUGAUUGCCAUGUGCCAGGCCACCAUCAUAGCCCUGUUGUCCACUGGUCCCGUUGGCGGUCAAUGGUCAUUCUUAUUGGCUCUACUUUAUUGAUGGCAGCAUGUGCAGAUCUGGCCACUGAGCAUAUCAGUCCUAUUCUUAAAGAAGCCACGGUGUCACAGUAUUUUAUUGGGGUGACUGUUUUAGCAAUGAUCCCUGAGCUUCCUGAAAUUGUUAAUGGGAUUCAGUUUGCCUUACUCAACAACCUAAGUCUAAGCAUCGAGAUUGGAACUUGUAUUGCAGUUCAGGUGUGCAUGCUGCAGAUCCCCAUACUGGUCCUAUUCUCUGUGUUUUAUCCAUCGGGAUUCACUCUGAUAUUUAGUGACCUCCACCUCUGGGCCUGUAUGUUCAGCGUGAUCCUGAUGAAUUACAUCUUCAUGGAUGGGAAGUGUGAUUAUUUUCAGGGCACUGCCCUGGUCAUGGUUUACUUCAUACUUCUAGCCAUGUAUUUCUUUGCUCCAUCUCCCACUGGCUGCUGACGAGGAUGAUUGGACUACAUGAGAACUUGGGGAAAAAUGGACA